UAGUAAAGGAGAAGCAAAAUGGCAUAUAGGCAAACUCACACGAUCACUCAAACUAGAGAGGGACAGGGAAGGAGACCUUUACAAUGAAGAAAGAAUAGAACAAGGGUGGAAGGAGGCCGCGACGUCGCCAUCCAUGGACGCUGGCAUGGCCGUCGGCGGAGGAGCAGCGUCUCCAUGGAGAGGAAACGAAGAAGUGGAUGAGCAAAGAGAGAAACCGACGGUGCCGCUCUCCCCUAAGCCGUCGCCACCCUCCUCCCAUCGUCCACACCUCUCCGAUCCCACCAACCUUGUUCGUUACUCUGCCACCACCGUCACCGGAGGAGGAGGAGGAGGCAGCGCUUCUCCCUGGAGAAGCAAGGAAGGGGCAGGGGAGAAGUCGACACUGCCCGUCGCUCCUUCCCCGCCUUCCUCGUAUUCCAGCACCGCAAACACGUCCGCGAUCGCGGUGAAAGGAGCGUCGCCUGUCGGGGGGUUCGCGGCGGUCAAGCCGGAGCAGGCGGAGACGCGUUUCUCGGCAGUAAGCGCGCCGGUGGUAUCGAGGUUGGAAGCAGGAGGAGGAGGUGGAGGCGGCCGGGCGAGCGGGAGACCAGGAGAGGGGACGACGAGAGGUGUGUCGCCGCUAACGGCGCGGUGGAGGCAGGAGAGGCUGUUGGGGAGGGCGGAGUUGGGGUUGAGGGUCUGCGCUUUCCUCUUCUCCCUCAUCUCCUUCUCUGUCAUGGCCUCCGACAAGACGCAGGGCUGGAGCGGCGACUCCUACUACAGAUACGGAGAGUACAGGUACGUGGUGGGGGUGAAUGUCAUCGUGUUUGUGUACUCUGGGGUCCAGAUCAUGGCGUACGUUUACCGCUUUUCUGCCGGAAAUCUCGCCCUCCGACGUUUCACCAUCUGCCUCGGCUUCGCCGCCGACCAGAUUCUGGCGUAUUUGUUGAUGUCGGCAUCGUCUUCGGCAGCAUCCCUUACAGAGGAUACGCAGGCUCUGUGGGGGAAGGAUCCCUUCACCAACAAGGCCGGCGGUUCAGUAGCCAUCUCCUUCUUCGCAUUCACAGCACUCGCACUGAGCGCCUUGACCUCUGGCUACCAUAUGUACAACUGUUUGUGAUCAUUUCUGCUUGUAUAUUAGUUUCUUUCAAAAAGUUCACACAUAUGAAUAAGAGAGAGAGAGAAAGAGAGACCCUUUGUUGGGUAGUCAAGGAUACUAAAAGAGCCUACGAAUUUUGGCUUUAUGUUGCCAUAAAUCUUCAACUGAUUAUUCUAUGUAAAUAGAGAAAGCAGUGUUUUGAUACUGUGGCAAACUCUCUCUCUCU